AUGUCGCCGAGAAUACUUGCGAGUAUUAGCUCAAAACGAAGUGAUGGUUUAUUGAAUGUCUUUUGGUUCAAUAGUCACAUUGGAACCAUAAAUCCAGUCUCUGGAGGCAUAGCAAUGUCCAAUAUUGCUGAUGAAAUUCUGUCUUCAUCUGUUGAUGAUGCAUCAAUUGUACAACCACGAAAAUCGAUUAAGAAAAUCAUCUAUAGUGACGAUGACGAUGAUGAUGAUGAUGUUGACAACAAUAAGAAUAAAGAGAAAAAGAAUCAAGAUGAAGAAAGUAUUUUAAGUGAUCGAGAAGACGAUGUCGAUGAAUUUAUUACAAUAAAGAAAAACAAACAAACGCGUAUUAUUCGUAAUGAUUCAUUUAGUGAUAAUGACAAUGUAGAAUUGACUGAACCAUCAUAUGUAUCGAAAUCACGAAUUAGUUUUACACCACCAAGUCCAUCAUCAAGUGAUGAAAAACUGAUUAAUGACGAUCCAUUUUCUGAUAUAUUAAAACGAGUUAAUAAUGAAAAUAGUUCUGAAUCAAAAUUCAAGAUGAUGGAUAAGUUGGAUUUAUAUGAUGCUGAUGAAGGUCAUGAAAAUAUCGAAAUACACACAGAUGAAGAAGAUGAUAUUGGAAAAAUUAAAAAGUCUGGCGGAACAAAGAAGCCAAGAAAACCAACGAAAGCAGCUGUUUUAGAAGUUCAAAAAAAUACUCAAAAACUUUUGCGUGAAUCCACAUUUCGGCUUCCUUAUCAUAAACCCGAACAAUUUACAUCGAUUGCAGCCUUUUUGAACAAACGGAAAUCACAAACACAAAAAGUGGCUGAGAUGGUUGAAAUAACCCCAGCUCCAGUGUUGACUACAGCUGAAAUACAAUUGAAAAUAUUAACAGACAUGAUUAGUGAUGUUCAAACAGAAGAGAAAACACUAUCCACUUCAAUACAUCCAGUUAACGAAAAAUUAGCUCGUCAUAUACCAGAAUCAUUGAUGAAGAAAAAACCAACGUUAGCAAAAAAUAUCAAUCAAGAACAAAUUAUUGAUCUCAACAAUUGUGCAAUAAAGAAAAAUGAACGAGUCUCUCAAGUGUCGGACAACAAAUCACUAUUAUCGGAUAAAACAAUAACAAAAUCGAAAACUCUCUAUCAUCUUCAAGAAUUACUUCGCGUUCAAGUAACACAAAAAUGUCGUAAUGAAUAUUUGAAAAAUCAAAUAGAAUCCACCACGCCUCCAGAUCGAAAACAACAUUUUUCACCUCCAAUAAAAAAGAAAACACCAAUUCGUAUGAUUAAAGAUCCAGACGAUGAGGAUAGUGAUGAUGAAGAUUUUAUUUUGGAAGAUGAAAAUCAAAGAUCGGAUGACCAUAGCGAAACGGGUGAAAGCGACGAAGACACAAAAUCAGAUGACGAUCAUUCAAUUAUUAAGAACAAAAAUGAAAAAUCAGAAGAUAAUGUAGAAACGAAAACAGAGACCAAUAUAGUGGAUAAAACUGUACCAGAUGGACCUGUCAAUCCAAUUCUUAAACAAAAAUUAUCGUAUGAUGAUGAUGAUGAUAUUAUUCGUCCAAAUUUACCCCUCGCUCAAAUUUCACAACAACAAGGAGACUCGUAUAAAGAAAAUUCAUUACUACGAAGCGAUUCGGAAUUAUCACAAAGGGAACCAAAUGUUGGUCAACUAUGGUGUGGAAAAUCGCAAACACCACUCUCAGCAUUAGAUGAUGUUGCAUUACUUUGUUCUGGACAAUUUACAGAAGUAGAUAUCCCAUGUUCUCAAAAUCGAUUAAAUGACUUUUUUAUUCUUCCACAAUUACCUGUCCCUCAAACAUCCAUUGAUCUCGCGCAUUCAUCAGAAAAUGGUCCAUCACUGGUAUCUUCAGUUGUUACCACGCUGCCAGAGGACAAGGAGGACGAUAUUGAAAUACCUGUAAUUAAACGAAAAAUUCGACGAAUAUCCGAAUCAUCGAACGAUGAUGAUCAAUCGAUGGCUGAUGAGGUGGAUGCAUAUGAUAGCGAAGAGGAACCAGAAGAAGAGCAAGAAGAACAAACAAAUGUUGAAAAUAAUGAAGAAUUAAUGGAAUUUCGACAAAGUUUAUUUGAAGUGGAAGCAGAAGAAUCAGGUAGUGAAGUGGGUGACAAGGAUGAUGAUGAAAUAGAAGACGACAGCAAUGACGUACCAGAUGAAGAAUUACUGAAAUUUAUUGAUACUGAUCAAACUGAUUUGAAUGAAAAAAAUCUAAAUGAUUUAUCAAAAGUGCAUAUGAAAAUAAUGAAUAAAGAAGAUGAACAAAAAUUGAAAAUGUUAAAAGAUCGUUAUUUAGACAAUGAUGAAGAUGAUGUCGAUGGAACAUUUCUGAGAAGACGUCCAUCGAACGAUGAAGACUUCGAUGAAGAUACAAAUGUAGAUGAAGACGAUGAUUUAAUGACAAACAUUGAUGAUAUUGAUGAAAAUACAAAUGAAAUUGAGUUGAAGAAUAAGAAAAAUCAUCUGGAACGAGAACGUCUCUUUCAAGACAUUCAAACCGAAGAAUUGCAUUUGAAUGAAGAUAUUCAGACUAUUGGCAAUGAUAGUCAAAUAUUUAAACUUGGUUGUGUAAUAAGACAGAAAAAAAUUCAAAGUUCAAUAUCAGCCAUUGACACAGAUGAAGAUAAAGAAACAAAACAAAAAGAGGCAAGAUUAAUUUAUUCUGCCGCAUUCACAUCGACAACAACACAAGUAAUUCCCGUCUCAUCGUUAAAACGAUUAAGUUCACGUUAUGAUCAAUUGACAUCGAAAUGUUCAGCUGGAAUGAAUGGUUCUACAACGGCUAAAAAUGUCAAACAUGAUCCAAGACGACUGGUAUUUUCAACGUCUAACAAGAAUAAUAGUCAGAUCGAGGAUGCUGAUGAGAAUGAACCACCAAUAACAAAUGAGAAAAGUUUUGAUCCAAAUAAAUUUCAAGCAAGAGAUAAGCGAUCGAAUAUAAUGGAUGAUUCAAUGUCAUCGAAUAAACGUUUUAAAUCAUUGAAAUCGCCAACAUUCACACCACCAACACCAACUACAAGUACAACAAAUAGAACUAGUAUAUUUUCGAAAUUAUAUGACUGA